AUGCCUAAAAAGAAGGAGAAAAAACAAGAGGAUGACAGAAAAAAGCAGAGUCAAGUCAUUCCCGUCCAACAAGAAGAUCCCGGAGAUAAAGAGAAGAACUUGUAUCUGCUGCAAAUCCGCUUUUUGAACGAGGAGCUUGAAAGACAGCAGCUGAAAUGCCAGCGCCUGGAGAAGGAGAAGACGCGGCUGGAGCGUCGGUGCGUCUCCUUGGAGACGGAGCAGAAAGACACGGUGGAGUACCUGAAGAUGGAGCUGCUGAACAAGGAGGACGAGUUGGAGCGGCUGACAGAAAAGCUCGACCAAAGUCUGCGGGAAGCUCAGGCGGACCAAGAAGUUCUCAAGCAGCAGAUGGAGGAGGAGAUCCGGGAAGUUCGGGAACACGUCCGCCGCCUGGAGGGCGACAACGCAAGCCUAACGGUUAGGCUGAUGUUGGUAGAGACCUUCGAGAAGCAGAAAGAUCAGCUGAUGUCUGACAUGGCAGCUGUACAAAAGAAGCUCGCCGACCGGGAAGAGGCGCAUGCUGACGUCCUUCGAGCCGCCGAGAUGAAGGCCCAAAUGGAAAAGAGCAGGCUAGAGAAGGCACUUGAAAUGGCAGCAGCGGACGCAGCAUCAGAGGUGGAUCGUCUGGUGGAGCUAAAGCUGCCCGAGGCCAGCAGGCGGGUGGCGCUAGAGAACCGGGAAGUGACGGCGCGUUAUGCCCAGCUCUCCGAGAGGGCUCUCCUGCUGGCCCGGGAAAACCAUGCCCUCAGGCAGCAGAGGAGCCGCGCGGCGGCCGACGUGGCUGUCCUCGAAGAAACCGUGGCCAAAUUGGCCAGACGCAGCUGCGUCCGCAAGAAGGCCCCCACAUGGUGUCCACAGGUGGCAGAGCAGCUGGAGGCCGACCUGACGGAGCGCGGUAACGACCUGGAACAACUUCGGAGCCAACUGGACCAAUCUCGCACUGAGCUGGAAGCACUCAGAAAAAGCGACGCCUGGACAUUCGGUCAUUUGGAGGCAGAACUACAUGAGGCAAGGAAUAGGAUUGGCCAGCUGAAGGAAGCCGUAGACGCCCUCAGACCUUCGCUUUCGGAUGAAGAUAUGCUCCAUUGGAAGCAGCAGGUUCAGAAGCUCCUCGUCAGCGCCACCUGCCCGGCUAUCGACAGGUCGGGCUUGCUCUGA